CUCAUUCUGAGCGCUAGAAGCUGCUCCUGAUGUGGUGGCAAGGACAGUAGUGGAUGGGGGUUAGUGUUUCUGGGUAGUGGAGGGCCUCCCUGCUGUGACAGGUCCUUCAUCCGGCACCUGCUGUGACCUGCUGCUCUGCCCCGAGGGAGUAGGACCAGGUAGGUCUAACCUGGCUUUGGAUUUGACCUCGGCCUUAGCCUGGAGAGAGGGAGUGCCCCUCCCUCACAUGACCCCACUUGUCACAGGCUGGAAUCCUGGGACCCUCAGGAGUUAGUCCUUGGGGCUGAAGGCUGGCUGGGCUGAGAAGCGUCCUCACCUGCCUUGGCCCUUCUGCCUUCUCUCUGCCGCUCACUUUCGCCUUCCUCCCCAGGCCUGACAACCCACUGCCAGCCCGUGUGCACGGCUGGUGGUCCUUCCUCUGGACAGCUUGCUUCUCCCUCCUGCCGAGGACUCACCAUCUGCUGUCUCCCUCCCAUGGCCCUGCGUGAUGACAGAGCUGCGGUGCAACCCCGGGCAGUUCGCCUGUCGCAGCGGCGCCAUCCAGUGCAUCCCUCUGCCCUGGCAGUGUGACGGCUGGGCCACUUGUGAGGAUGAGAGCGACGAAGCCGACUGUCCAGAAGUGACCGGGGAGGCACGUCUCUACCAUGGGAAGGAAGCUGUGGAUCCGCGGCAGGGACGGGCCCGAGGAGGCGACCCCACGCACUUCCACACGGUGAACAUGGCGCAGCCCGUCCGCUUCAGCAGGAAGUGCCCGACAGGGUGGCACCACUAUGAGGGCACGGCCAGCUGCUACCGCGUCUACCUGAGCGGGGAGAACUACUGGGACGCCGCGCAGACCUGCCAGCGCGUGAACGGCUCGCUGGCCACCUUCUCCACCGACCAGGAGCUGCGCUUCGUCCUGGCCCAGGAGUGGGACCAGCCCGAGCGCAGCUUUGGUUGGAAGGACCAGCGCAAGCUGUGGGUCGGCUACCAGUACGUCAUCACUGGCCGGAACCGCUCCCUGGAAGGUCGCUGGGAGGUGGCGUUCAAAGGCUCCUCGGAGGUGUUCCUGCCCCCGGACCCCAUCUUCGCCUCGGCCCUGUCUGAGAAUGACAACGUGUUCUGCGCCCAGCUGCAGUGCUUCCACUUCCCCACCCUGCGGCACCACGACCUCCACAGCUGGCACGCCGAGAGCUGCUACGAGAAGUCUUCGUUCCUGUGUAAACGCAGUCAGACGUGCGUGGACAUCAAGGACAACGUGGUGGAUGAGGGGUUCUACUUCACCCCCAAGGGGGACGACCCCUGCCUGAGCUGCACCUGCCACGGAGGGGAGCCGGAAAUGUGCGUGGCCGCCCUCUGCGAGCGGCCCCAGGGCUGCCAGCAAUACCGCAAGGACCCCAAGGAGUGCUGCAAGUUCAUGUGUCUGGACCCAGACGGCAGCAGCCUGUUCGACUCCAUGGCCAGCGGGAUGCGCCUGGUGGUCAGCUGCGUCUCCUCCUUCCUCAUCCUCUCGCUGCUGCUCUUCAUGGUCCACCGGCUGCGCCAGCGGCGCCGGGAGCGCAUCGAGUCCCUGAUCGGGGCGAACUUGCACCACUUCAACCUGGGCCGGAGGAUCCCCGGCUUCGACUACGGCCCCGACGGCUUCGGCACCGGCCUCACACCGUUGCACCUUUCUGACGACGGGGAGGGCGGGACGUUCCACUUCCACGACCCGCCGCCCCCCUACACGGCCUACAAGUACCCCGACCUGGACCAGCCCGAUGACCCGCCGCCACCCUACGAGGCCUCCAUCAACCCAGAUGGCGUGUUCUAUGACCCUGCAGAUGACGAUGCCUUUGAGCCCGCAGAGACCAACCCCCCGACCCCCGGGGACGGUGGCAGCGAAGCCGCGUCACCCCUGCACCGGGAGCAGCCGCCACCCGUCGCGGGGACCUCUCUGGCAGACCUGGAAGACUCUGCAGACAGCAGCAGCGCCCUGCUCGUGCCCCCCGAUUCUGCGCAGAGCGGGAGCACCCCGCCCGCAGAGGCGCUGCCCGGCGGUGGCCUCCACAGCCGCGGCUCCCUCAAUACUGUGGUGUAGGCGGCCAGCCCAGGGCCCCAUGAGCUGGGAGCACCUGUUUGCUGCUGAGAAAACACGGGGACCUGUGGGGACCUGACGGGCGUCUGCCUCGGCCGGCCCCAGCCCGCCGCAUGGCCUCCGCGCGUGCACGUGUACAUAGA